GCGCCGCCAAGCGCGGCGGAGCUGCCUGUGGCGCGGCGGCCAUGGCGGCCUAGGGCCGGUGCGGCGGGGCCGGGGCCGGGAAGGACUGGGCCGGGGCUCGCCCGCCGCCGCCGCCCAUGUGGCUGCAGCAGCGGCUGAAGGGGCUGCCGGGGCUGCUGUCCAGCAGCUGGGCGCGGCGCCUGCUGCUGCUGCUGGUGCUGUUGCUCGUCGCCUACUGGUACCUGGGCGCGGCGCGGGCGCGGGGCGCGGGGCGCGGGGCCGAGCCCUGGGGCCCCGCCGCGCUCUGCGUGCAGGCGGCCUCGGGCGCCUGGCGGGAGCAGACCCAGCGCGGCGAUGCGCUGCCGCUGCCUGAGGAGGCGGCCGGGGCCGGCGAGCCCCCGGGGCUGGCGGUGGCCGGUAACGGGUUCCUGCUGCUGGACGUGUCGGCGGGGCGGCUCUGGGUGCGGCCCGCGGGGCCCGCUGCGGGCCCGCCGCUCGCCACCGAGUACCCGGCGCUGGUGCGGCUGAGGGCGCUGGGCGGGCGCGGCGAGGCGCGGGCGGCGCUGGCGGCGCUGCGGGACGGGGCCGUGCGGAGGUUGCGCUGCGUGCAGACGGGGCCCGGCGCCGGGGACUGCGUGACGGUGCGGGAGGAGGUGGUGGCCCACCGGAGCCGGCCGCACCUCUACCUGCAGCGCAUCCGCAUCGCCAACCCCACCGUGCGGGUGGCCGCCUUCGAGGCCUCGGCUCCCGCCGCCGCGUCCGCGCUGGGCGGGCGCUUCACCACCAGCCUGGAGAAGGUGGAGGAGCGGCAGUUCCUGCUCUCCUCCGGCCGCCUGCUGCUGGCCGGCAGCCCCAAGGUGGUGCUGGUGGUGGUGGCUGCCAAGAAACUCGUGAGCCGGGUGCAGGUCGCGCCCGAGUCGCACUUUGACGAGACCGUGCUGUCCGUGGUGUACACCUCGGAGCCCAUCGAGGUGUCCAGGCUGGAGGAGACCUUCAGCAAGCUGAGGGAGGCAGCCAAGAAAGAGAUGCUGGAGGUGAUGCAGAUGGGGGUGGAAGAUCUUUUCCAGGAGCACCAGCAGACCUGGUCUGACUUGUUCAUUUCAGGGAUUGAAAUGAGGAAGAUCACAGAUGCACACACCCCAUCCAGUGAGACUGUCAACAUGACCCUCUACUACGUGCUGUCAACUGUGCCAGCCCCCCUGCUGGACCCUCUCCUUGCUGGUGAGGACAGGGAGAAGAUUGAGGCCAGCCUGAACUAUGCUGACCACUGCUUCAGUGGCCACGCCACCAUGCACGCCCAGAACCUGUGGCCACCCAGGCUGACCAGUGUCAGCCAGAUCCUGCAGCUCUCAGACCUGUGGAAGCUGACUCUCCAAAAACGGGGCUGCAAGGGCCUUGUGACAGCUGGAGUGCACGGGCUGAUGCAGGGAAUGGUGCUUAGUUUUGGGGGUCUGCAGUUCACAGAAAACCAUCUUCAGUUUCAGGCUGACCCCGAUGUGCUCCAUAACAGCUACUCCUUACGUGGCAUCCAUUACAACAAGGACUUGAUCAGUUUAGCUGUUCUCCUGGAUGCAGAAGGAAAGCCCUUCUUGCACGUGUCUGUGAAGUUCCAGGAGAAGCCUGUCAGACUGUAUGCCUGUGAGGCAGGCUGCAUGAACGAGCCCGUGGAGCUCACCUCAGAGGCACGAGGUCACACCUUCCCCGUCAUGGUCACUCAGCCCAUCACACCACUGCUUUAUAUAUCAACAGAUUUGGUCCACUUGCAGGACCUAAGACACACACUCCACCUAAAAGCUAUUCUAGCUCAUGAGGAACACAUGGCCAAGCAAUACCCAGGCUUACCCUUCCUGUUCUGGUUCAGUGUGGCCUCCUUAAUUACUUUGUUUCAUUUGUUUCUGUUCAAACUCAUCUACAACGAGUAUUGUGGGCCGGGAGCCAAGCCCCUCUUCAGGAGUAAGGUGGCUGUCCCCGACUCUGCCCGCUGACGUGCCCGGAGGCUGCACAGCCACAGCGAGGGCUGACCUGGCUCCUCAUCCUCCUGGGCACUGCAGAGCACACAGCUCUGCUGCCUCCUCUCAGCUGCACCUGCUUCACAUGAAGGUGAUGCAGAACUUGAUUCCAGAAACAGGGAAAAUGUGGAAGGCAGCUGGAGCUCAGAAUCUGUAGCAGUGAGCAAGAUAGAUGGUCUUGAAAUAAGACCCUGUUCCAGUCACUGAAUGGGAGCAUCCCCUUGGCCAAGUGAACUUAGUCCUGCUUGCAGCCUCCAUUUGCACAAGACACCUGGCAAUAUUGCAGCUGAGAACAAGGAGCAUUUGAAAGCAACAAUCCUUCUGUGCCUUGCUAUUACAGGAAUCUGAGACUUGGAAGGUGUGGUGAUUCAACUGUUUAUCCCAGAAGCUUGUGUAACAGAUGUGUCCUUUCCCUGUAAGCUGUCCAGUUCCCUAGGAGUAAUCUAUUUGGUGAAAAUACUUGAAGAUAUACUAAGACCUUGGAUAUUUUGAUCUGUUGUUUUUUGUUUUUGUUUUUUUUUUUUAGUUCUACAGAAAAAUAAAGGAUAAUGAUUCCCUUCUGAGAGUUAACUAGAAAACUUUAGUGUAACUUCCUUUCUGGUAUACAGUUUGUAAUUUAUUGCUUGGGGGGAGGGGGAGUAUGUUAAUUUUUCCUCCACUUCAGUUACAGUCAAUUGAACUGUCAAUAUCUAACAGUUUUAACUGUCAGUAAGUUCUGGUAACAGGUUUUAUGACUGUAGAGUGCAAAAUCAAUUUAAUGAAAUUGUUUUCUGGAUAUGCACUUGGAAAUGCUGAUCUACAGGUUUCUUAUUCUAAACCUAUUGAGACUUUGUGCAUUGAUUUGUUUUGGCUAUGGGGGAAGACACCCCACUUUCUAGUGACUUACAGGUUGUUUGGUUUUAAAAUACCAAAGCUGUUGUUUCUAAAUAAAUAUCUUUCAGUCUAAUCUGA